AUGGAGACACCCAAGCAAUCCGCGGCGACGCCAGACGCGGCGAAGAAGAUUGAACUGUUCAGCGGGACAUACUUCGCAGCAUGCACCAUAGGCGGCAUCAUCGCCUGUGGCCCUACCCACACAGCCGUCACGCCUCUCGACCUCGUGAAAUGCCGACGACAGAUCGACCCCAAGAUGUACACCGGCAACUUCCAAGCAUGGGGCAGGAUCAUGCGUGCCGACGGCGUGCGUGGUAUCUGCUUCGGCUGGGCCCCGACCCUCGUCGGCUACUCCUUCCAAGGCGCCGGAAAGUACGGUGCCUACGAAGUCUUCAAGUACUACUACGGCGAGAAACUCUUCCCCAACACCCCCAAGACCAUCGUCUACCUCGGCGCCAGCGCUACCGCCGAAUUCAUCGCCGACAUCUUCCUCUGCCCCUUCGAAGCGAUCAAGGUGCGCAUGCAGACGACGCUCCCACCAUACGCGAACAACCUGCGAGAAGGCUGGAGCAAGGUCGUGGCGCAGGAAGGCUACGCUGGACUGUAUAAAGGCAUCUACCCACUCUGGGCGAGGCAAAUCCCAUACACGAUGGUCAAGUUCACGAGCUUCGAGGCGACUGUGGCCCAGAUAUACAAGUACCUAGGCAAGCCGAAGGAGAGCUUCAGCACAUUGCAGCAGACGGGCGUUUCCUUCCUGGGGGGAUACAUUGCAGGUAUUGGGUGUGCGACCGUGUCGCAUCCUGCCGACGUUAUGGUGUCGAAGCUGAAUGCGGAUCGAAAGGCGGGCGAGUCGGUGGGCAAGGCGUUGAGCAGGAUUUAUGGCAACAUUGGCUUCUCUGGUCUUUGGAAUGGACUGCCUACGAGGAUCGUUAUGAUUGGAACGUUGACGGCCUUCCAGUGGCUUAUCUAUGAUUCCUUCAAGGUUUACUUGGGUCUGCCAACGACUGGUGGUCACUAA